AUCACCCAAAAUGCAGACUCCCGUGGCGCUUCUCGGCUCUCCAGCUCUGUUCCGGUGCUGUUCCAGGGCUCUGGCCAGGCCAGUGUCAGUGUCUGUUUUCAGCAGGCCUGAGAUUCAGACCAUUCAGCCAGCUGCUGUUUCCUAUCCACAGCUAAGCCGCCGGGAAUUCCAGACCAGUGCUGUUUCCAGGGAUAUUGACACUGCUGCAAAGUUCAUUGGUGCUGGUGCUGCCACGGUUGGGGUGGCUGGUUCGGGAGCAGGUAUUGGGACGGUGUUUGGCAGCUUGAUCAUUGGCUAUGCCAGGUAAGCAAGAUGCCAAGCUGGCUA